UUGGUUGAUUCGUCAAAUAACGAACGAUUAAUCGCUUCGAGAGGAUUCAACAGGUUGAAAACGCUAUAUAAAAAACCACGUCUGUCUAGUUUUAUAUGUUUGAUGGUGUUGAGUCUAGUAAGACUGAAUUGUCAAUUUGUCCUCAAAAUGUUGCCUCUUCUAAGGAAUAGCCUGACAGUGAGACAUGGAGUUUUUAAUCACGGGGAAACUAUUGCUGCCUGUUACUCUGGUGUUUCUGUAAAUAAGAAUUAUACCACAAAAAGCAGCAAUGUUCCUAAGAACAUUGUAUUCGUCGAUGGUGUGCGCACUCCAUUUUUGCAGUCUGGAACAACCUACAAAAAUCUUUUGGCUUAUGACCUUGCAAGACAAUCUUUGGUGAGUUUGCAAAAGAAAGUCGGAUUUUCUAAGGACAUAAUAGAUUACAUUGUAUAUGGAACAGUGAUGCAGGAAGUACGAACUUCCAAUAUCGGAAGGGAGGCUGCUCUGGCCGCAGGAUAUAGCGACCAUACUCCUGCUCAUACGGUGACAAUGGCUUGCAUUAGCAGCAAUCAGGCUAUCACUACCGGCAUGGGUCUAAUUGCUUGCGGUGUUUAUGACGCUAUUCUGGCGGGCGGAGUUGAAUUCAUGUCCGACAUUCCGAUCCGGCAUAGUCGGCGCAUGAGAUCUUUGAUGUUGCAAGCUAAUAAGGCAAAAACAUUAGGAAACAAGUUGGCUCUCUUGGCUAGCAUCAGACCGGGACACCUCGUACCAGAUUUACCAGCUGUAGCGGAAUUUUCAACUGGCGAAACCAUGGGACACAGUGGAGAUCGUUUGGCGGCGGCGUUCGGCGUGACGCGCAAGGAACAGGACGAUUACGCGUUACGCUCUCACACUUUGGCCGCGCAAGCUCAACAACAAGGAAAUCUGUCAGAUGUGAUGCCUUAUAAAGUACCGGGCGUCAAUCAGGUUGUGAACAAAGACAACGGUAUUCGAGUGUCCACGGAGGAGCAAUUAGCAAAAUUAAAACCCGCGUUUGUUAAGCCUUACGGUACGGUGACCGCGGCUAACGCGUCUUUCUUGACCGACGGCGCGUCUGCAGCGUUGAUAAUGAGCGAGGAAAAGGCUCUUCAACUUGGCCUGAAACCCAAGGCGUAUCUGCGUAAUUUCAUUUACGUGUCUCAAGAUCCGGUCGAUCAGCUGCUUCUGGGACCAACGUACGCCAUACCGAAGGUUUUGGACAAGGCGAAAUUGACUUUGAACGAUAUAGGAGUAUGGGAAGUACACGAGGCUUUUGCUGGACAGAUUUGUGCCAAUCUGAAAGCCAUGGAUUCCGAUUUGUUCUCGCAAAAGUACUUGAAAAGAAGCUCGAAAGUCGGAUUACCAGAUCUGAAGAAAUGGAACGCCUGGGGUGGAUCCUUAUCGAUUGGCCAUCCGUUCGCCGCUACCGGAGUACGAUUGGCGACUCAUACCGCUAAUCGACUUAUUAAAGAGGAUCAACAAUUCGGUCUUAUCGCGGCCUGUGCUGCUGGUGGACAGGGAGUCGGCAUGAUCAUGGAAAGAUAUCCCGGCGCCACAGUUUGAUUCUCACGUUUAAAACAAUGCAAUAGAAGAAAUUUGUGUAUCUGAUAAAAAUAUAUUAAGAUAUUUUUCUACUUGAGAAAAACAAAAAAAAAAAAAAAAGGAACAGGAAUUGUUAUCAGCUUUUGUAAGAAAGUAUUUUAUAUUGUUUAUUAUAUAUUGUAUUAAACGAUAAAAAACGUUGCAGUACUGUGAAGUGUA